GUUUGUGGUCCGGGUUUGAAAUAUCAAAGGCGAGCACAUCUGACACAAAAACGAGUAGAAUAGGAAUUAAGUUUUGUCCUCUAACCAGAUCAGUUCUUCCUCCGGCACGGCCUCCGGUGCUCCUCCCCUCCCAUCGCCUCUCAUCCCCUCCCUUUCUGGCAUUCUAGUGCUCUCUCUCCUCCCCCCUCUGUGAGCGUCAUGCUGAGGCAGUUGGUUCACUCCGCCGUGUCUGGGUCUCAGGGAGAGUGGUGAGAGGCUGUUAUUUAGGUCUGUUACAGCAGACAGGGAGCAGCACACUUAAAGGCAGGGGGGGAAACGACAGAGUCAGCACAGCCCAGCUCCACUCGGCUAGGCAGGGACCAAGCUCUGCAUUCCUUGCUGCCUGAGAAGGGAAAGAGCAAAACUCAGGCAACAGAGUGACAGCAGCAGAUAAGCUCGGAGAGGGAAGGCGGCAUUUCCAGUCGGCGAGCUGUUGCUGCAGUUUGUUGCAGCCCCUGACGUGAGCAGCAGGGCGGCUGAGACUGAGGGCUUGUAGAGAGAUUUUUUUCCUGAGGGGUGGGGGGGUGCCAUGUUCGACUGCAUGGAGGCGUUGGGAAUGGGCCCCCGUCAGCUCUAUGAUGUCACCAGCCGCGGCGCAUGCAUGCUGCGGAAGGCGAGCCCCUUCUUCGCGGGGCUGGACCCCUUCGCUUGGACGGGCAGUGCCAGCGUUCAGUCGGUGGAGACCCAGAGCACCAGCUCGGAAGAGAUGGUACCCAGUUCUCCAUCACCACCUCCCCCACCUCGGGUCUACAAGCCCUGCUUUGUGUGCCAGGACAAGUCCUCGGGGUAUCACUAUGGGGUCAGCUCCUGCGAGGGUUGCAAGGGUUUCUUCCGUCGCAGCAUCCAGAAGAACAUGGUGUACACCUGCCACCGAGACAAGAACUGUCAGAUUAACAAGGUCACGCGCAACCGCUGCCAGUACUGCAGGCUGCAGAAGUGCUUUGAGGUCGGCAUGUCCAAGGAAGCGGUACGCAACGACAGAAACAAAAAGAAGAAGGACGUGAAGGAGGAGGUGAUGCUUCCAGAGAGCUAUGAGCUCAGUGGAGAACUGGAGGAGCUUGUCAAUAAAGUCAGCAAAGCUCACCAAGAGACCUUCCCCUCACUCGGCCAACUGGGCAAAUACACCACCAACUCCAGCUCAGACCACCGUGUCCAGCUUGAUCUGGGCCUAUGGGACAAAUUCAGUGAGCUGUCAACCAAAUGCAUCAUCAAGAUUGUGGAAUUUGCCAAGCGGCUGCCAGGUUUCACCACCCUCAGCAUUGCUGACCAGAUCACACUUCUUAAGUCUGCCUGCUUGGACAUUCUGAUGCUUCGGAUCUGCACACGCUACACUCCAGAGCAGGACACUAUGACCUUUUCCGAUGGCUUGACUCUGAACCGAACGCAAAUGCACAACGCUGGCUUUGGACCCCUAACAGACUUGGUGUUUGCCUUUGCUGGCCAGCUUUUACCCCUGGAGAUGGAUGACACAGAGACUGGUCUCCUCAGCGCCAUCUGCCUCAUCUGUGGAGACCGCAUGGACCUGGAGGAGCCCCAGAAAGUGGAUAAGCUGCAAGAGCCUCUGCUGGAGGCUUUAAAGAUUUACGCCCGUCGUCGUCGCCCCAACAAGCCCCACAUGUUCCCCCGCAUGCUCAUGAAGAUCACGGACCUCAGGGGCAUCAGCACCAAAGGUGCGGAGAGAGCCAUCACUCUGAAGAUGGAGAUCCCGGGGCCGAUGCCUCCUCUGAUCCGGGAGAUGCUGGAGAACCCAGAAGCCUUUGAAGACCAAACCGAGCGCAACGACAGCCCCCCACCCCCGCCGCCCCCGCCGCCACCGGCCCCGGCCCUGGUGCUGAAGCAAGAGGUCGAUGACGAGGACGACAGCUGGGCCACGGAGAACGGCAGCGAGCCGUCGCCCGAGGAGGAGGAAGAAGACGAGGAAGAGGACGAUGCGGGCGAUGACGAGAGAGACAGGGGCUCGGACAGCGACGGGGAGCCGUGGGGGGUCCUGGACGCCAUAGACGGCUCCCGGAAAGGCCUUGUAGGGAGGGCUCAGUGAGCAGCCUAUUUCAUACACAUGCACUGAUUGAUGACACACACACAUAGAUAACCUCACUCCAUCUCCCGCAUCAAUAAAAACAUGGCCUUCCCCCCCCUCCAUCUCGGUGUCCUCCACAGAGGAGCCUUAUGAGUUCACAGCCAUUAAACUGUGCCCCACGCACUCCACCACAAGUGAACUCCAGACAGAUAAAGCUAAGGAGAGACGACAGUUAAAAACAGCGCAAACUCCCGGCGAGGCCGAGAGGGACGUUAACAUGACAAAAAGAAGUGACCCUCUCCAGUCUCUUUGUCUCGACUUUUGUUGUUCCUAACUGGACAGGACAAAGUGGAACAAUCAGAACUUAAUAGUUCUGGUUAAUCACAAAAAGCACAUUUCUUAAAAAUGAAACAUGAGUACAAGGCAAAACCAAA